CCGGCUGCCCGCUUCAGAAGCUGGCACCAGUGGUUUUGUGUAUGGUGCUGUGACUGCUGCUGCAGGGAGCUUUGCAGAGAGCAUGGGCGAGCUGGAAAACCAUGGCAUGAGUGCAGUGACCUAUGAUGAUGUUCAUGUUGACUUCACUUGGGAAGAGUGGACUUUGCUGGAUCCUUCCCAGAAGAAUCUCUACAAAUAUGUGAUGCUGGAGACCUACAGGAAUCUCAUUACUAUAGGAUACAGUUGGGAAGACCAUAAUAUUGAAGAAGAUUGUCAAAGUUCUAGAAGACAUGAAAGGCAAGAAAGAAGUCAAACUGGAGAGAAACCUUCAAUAUAUACUCAAUGUGUUAAAGCCUUUGCACAUCUGAGUACUCUUCAAAUGCACGAAAAAACGCACACUAAAGUGAAGCCCUAUGAAUGCAAUCAGUGUGAUAAAGCCUUUGCAUGUAUCAGUAAUCUUCAAAUGCAUCAAAGAACACAUAUUGGAGAGAAACCUUAUGAAUGUAAUCAAUGUUGUAAAGCCUUUGCACAACACAGUACUCUUAAAAUGCAUAAAAGAACACAUACUGGAGAGAAACCCCAUGAAUGUAAUCAGUGUGAUAAAGCCUUUGCACAACUCAGUCAUCUUCAAAUGCAUCAAAGAACACAUACCGGAGAGAAACCCUAUAAAUGUAAUCAGUGUGGUAAAGCCUUUGCAUAUGUCAGUAAUCUUCAAAUGCAUCACAGAACACAUACUGGAGAAAAACCUUAUGAAUGUAAUCAGUGUGAUAAAGCCUUUGCACAACACAGUCAUCUUCAAAUGCAUCAAAGAACACAUACUGGAGAGAAACCCUAUGAAUGUAAUCAAUGUGAUAAAGCCUUUGCACGACACAGUCAUCUUCAAAGGCAUAAAAGAACACAUACUGGAGAGAAACCCUAUGAAUGUAUUCAGUGUGGAAAAGCCUUUGUAUGUCACAGUCAUCUUCAAAUGCAUCAAAGAACACAUACUGGAGAGAAACCCUAUGAAUGUAAUCAGUGUGAUAAAGCCUUUGCACAACACAGUCAUCUUCAAAGGCAUAAACGAAUACAUACUGGAGAGAAACCUUAUGAAUGUAAUCAGUGUGGUAAAGCCUUUGUAUGUUAUAGUCAUCUUCAAAAGCAUAAAAGAACACAUACUGGAGAGAAACCCCAUGAAUGUAAUCAGUGUGAUAAAUCCUUUGCACAACACAGUCAUCUUCAAAUGCAUAAAAGAACACAUACUGGAGAGAAACCCUAUAAAUGUAGUCAAUGUGGUAAAGCCUUUGCAUGUCACAAAAGUUUUCAAAGUCAUAAAAGAACACAUACUGGAGAGAAACCCUAUGAAUGUAAUCAAUGUAGUAAAGCCUAUGCAUGUCAAAAAAGUCUUCAAAUGCAUAAAAUAACACAUACUGGAGAGAAACCCUAUGAAUGUAAUCAGUGUGCUAAAGCCUUUGCAUAUAUCAGUAGUCUACAAAUGCAUCAAAGAACACAUACUGGAGAGAAACCCUAUGAAUGUAAUCAGUGUGGUAAAGCCUUUGCACAACACAGUCAUUUACAAAGGCAUAAACGAACCCAUAGUAGAGAGAAACACUAUGAAUGUAAUCAGUGUGGUAAAGCCUUUACAUGUACGAGUAAUCUUAAAAAUCAUGAGAAAAAGUCAUACUGCAAAAAAAACCUAUAAAUAUAGUCAGUGUGGUAAAGUUUUGCACUUUAUACGGAAGUAAAACUUUUUGUGUGCAAUCAAUCUGUUAA